AGCCACGGGGACGAGGGGGUCGUGUUCGGCUGCGACUCGGAGCCGCUUAAACUGACCUGGAUUUUCCAGGUUUUGUCCUCGGGGGAGUGCCCGGUGCUCAGCAAAAUACCCAAAAUCUUCUUUAUCCAGGCCUGCAGGGGUGCACAGCUCGACCCGGGGGUGCUGGUGGAGUGCGACAGCGCAGGGACACAGUGUGAGCCGGACGGCUUCACCGAAUUCCUGUCCAUGCCUCCCCAAACCGUGGUGAUGUUCGCCUGCAGCCCGGGUUACGUGGCCUUCCUCAGGCCCAGCGGGUCCAUGUUCCUGCAGGCCGUGCUGCAGGCCCUGCGGGGCGAGCAGCGUCACCUGUCCCUGCACCGCCUCCUGACCCGCGUCACCGGGGAGGUGGCCUUCAACUGCCAGGCCAGGGGCACCUACGAGGGGUGCAAGGAGAUGCCCUGCUUCGUCACCAACCUCCUGCAGGACGUCUUCCCCUUCUCCGCACCCAUCAAUGAGGAUGAGGACGGUGUUUGA